UACUGUUUUGCUAGUCACCUACAUGUUUACUUAUGUGUUUAAGGUAACUUGAACAAAGAUCAGAAGCCUAACUAAGCUCCAAUUAAUUUUUUUUUUAGGUAUUCUUAAGCAGGUUAAAGAUUACAUUAAAGAAUGCAGCAAGUGCCAGGAGAAGCUGGAUCGCUCUAGAUCUCUGUCAGAUCCUUCUGAAAUGCUGGAGGAGCUAGGACUGGAUGUAAAAUCUCAGGAAGACAGUAAUGAAACAGAUGAUGAAUUGAGUAAUCCGCCAUCAAUCCCAGCGGCAUCCCUGAAGCCUGUGAAGAAGAAGCCAAUAGCAAAGCAUGAACUUGUAUUUGUUGACAGUAAGGGCCUUGUGAAGCAGUCAUCUUCCAAACAUUGUCUGUCAGUCUUAAACCAACUGAAUCAGCAGAGGCUUUCCAAUCAGUUCUGUGAUGUGACUCUGCUGAUUGAAGGAGAGGAGUACAAAGCUCACAAAUCUGUCUUGGCAGCCAACAGCGAGUACUUCCGAGAGCUCUUCAUUGAAAAGGGAGCUGUCUCUAGUCAUGAAGCUGUAGUGGAUCUGUCAGGGUUCUGCAAAUCCAGUUUCCUGCCUCUAUUGGAAUUUGCUUAUACUUCAGAAUUAACUUUUGACUUCUGUAGUAUGGCAGAAGUAGCCAUGCUUGCCCGGCAUCUCUUCAUGUCAGAGGUCCUCGAAAUCUGUGAAAAUGUGCACAAACAGAUGGAAGAGAAACAAAUUACUGUGUACCAAAAGGGAGAUAUUCAAACGGUAGAGUCAACUCAAAAUUUAUCAGAACAGACUGAAGUUGAGAGGCAGCCCAUGGACGGUGCUGAGCAACCGGAGCUUGCAUCCAGUGAAGUGCCAGUUGCUGUGAAUGGAGCUCCUUCCUCUGCUGGGACAGAGGAGGCCGCAGCACCCCAGCCUGACCUGGUGCCCCCAGAGCCUGUAGAGGCCACUCCAGAUGGUCUUCCAAAGCCUGUGGAGCAGUGUGAAACAACCGAAAAUUACGUCAAGAUGCAGCUGCUGGAGAGCAUUUCAAAUAGCACCGUGUCUGUCGUAGAGACUAAGCCGUCAGCUGUAGAAGACAUGGACACACAAAGUCAAACAGCAAUUGAGACAGAUCAGAACGAAAAUGGUAAAGCAAAUGUGGACAGUGCUUCUGAAGACUCCUCAGGAACAGUCAAGCUAAAAUGUGGCAAGCAAAUUGAAGAACAGAGCAUUUCAGUUUCGCAACCAGAAAGCCUAGCUUCCAGCCAGGAUGAUACUUACAAAAGCAAGCUGCGCCAGCGUUCUGUUAGUGAAGGGGGAUAUAUCAAAUUGCAUAAAGGAACUGACAAAAAACUGCAAAAUAGAAAGACAAAUCCUAAGUCUGCAAUACAACAGGUUGCCAUGAAGCUGGUACAAAGAGGGAAAAAGUUGAAACAACCCAAAAGAGACAUCACGGAAAAUAAUGAAGUGGAAGCUCAGCACAAAUGCACUGAGUGUGGAAUGGUGUUCCAGCGGCGCUAUGCACUUAUAAUGCACACACUGAAACAUGAAAGGUGUAAAGAUUAUAAAUGCCCAUUGUGUAAAAAAGAAUUCCAGUAUGGUGCGUCCCUGCGAGCCCAUCUUGUCCGGCACACUCGGAAGACUGAAGUGAACACAGCAGCUGCUAGUGUAGAAGAGACAGGCGUUUCCUCUGUGAAAGGGAGAACUAAACGGGAAUUUAUAUGUGAUAUAUGUGGGAGAACUCUACCUAAGCUCUAUUCUCUCAGAAUACAUAUGCUCAAACAUACAGGUGUAAAACCACAUGCGUGCAAGGUUUGUGGAAAGACCUUUACGUAUAAGCAUGGAUUAAAAAUGCACUUAGCUCUCCAUGAAGUACAGAAACAGUUCAAGUGUGACUUGUGUGAAAAGUCAUUUGUCACAAAAAGAAGUCUUCAGGAACACAUGAGCAUUCAUACAGGAGAAUCCAAGUAUCUUUGUUCCAUCUGUGGAAAAUCUUUCCACAGGGCAUCAGGACUCAGUAAACACAUAAAGAAACACCAGCCAAAGCCUGAAGUUCGUGCAUAUCAGUGUACCGAGUGUGAAAAGAGUUUCUAUGAAGCUCGAGAUCUUCGGCAGCAUAUGAAUAAACAUUUAGGUGUGAAGCCAUUUCAGUGUCAGUUCUGUGGAAAAUGUUACAGUUGGAAGAAAGACUGGUAUUCUCAUGUAAAGUCUCAUUCUGUCACAGACCCUUAUAGAUGUAAUAUAUGUGGCAAAGAAUUUUAUGAGAAAGCUUUGUACAGAAGACAUGUAAAGAAAGCUACACAUGGUAAAAAAGGAAGAGCAAAACAAAAUCUGGAACGAGUUUGUGAGCAUUGCGGAAGAAAAUUCACACAACUCCGAGAAUAUAGGAGACACAUGAACAAUCAUGAAGGUGUGAAGCCCUUUGAGUGUCUGACCUGCGGCGUGGCCUGGGCUGACGCGCGCUCCUUGAAGCGCCACGUGAGGACGCACACCGGAGAGCGGCCCUACGUCUGUCCGGUGUGCAACGAAGCUUACAUAGACGCCCGCACGCUGCGGAAGCACAUGACCAAGUUCCAUAGGGAUUACGUACCCUGCAAAAUUAUGCUGGAAAAAGAUACUCUUCAGUUUCAUAACCAGGGAACACAGGUAGAGCAUGCCAUCAGCAUUUUAGCAGCAGACAUGCAGGAACAAGAAACAGAGAUUAGCAUUGAAGAUAAUGAGAUUGAGACCGUGGUAGUGACAGGAGAGACGCUUGAAGCUAUCGAAGCAGUUGCAGCUACUGAAGAAUGUACAUCAGUGUCUACUCUUUCUGACCAAAGCAUCAUGCAGGUGGUAAAUUAUGUAUUGGCUCAACAGCAAGGACAGAAAAUGGUUGAAGUGACACAGGCCAUCGAAACUGUAGAAGUGGAAGUGGCCCAUGUUACAAAGACAGACUGAAUGCAGUACAUAAGAGGGGAAAAAGGGUGAGGUCUUGUGAUCUGUGGGAGCGACUGGAUGUCUCAGGCUUACAGUGAUGACUGUUUUCAGACAGUUAAUCCCCAGUACUGAACAUCUUGCUGACAAAAUACUGCAUUACAGGCAAAAAGUUAAGAUGCUUCGGUGUGGGCCAAGGCUUUGAAGGCUAAGAUUUCUGCACUGGCCAUAACUGAAAUAAAAUUAAAAAAAAAAAAAUUGGAAUAAUAAAGUUUUCUGUGUCAUGGAGUAAGUACCAUGCUGUAACUUUAAAAAAAAAAAAGAAAAAGUAUAAGAUGCACUAAAUGCACAGCUAUCAGUAGCAUUUUUUAACUUAUGUUUUUACAUAUAUUUCAAGUUUGCAAGCAAAUUACCUGCACUGGAUUCUGUCUGUUUACUCCCCAAGACAAGGGGAUGGUACAGUGCUUCCUGCAGCAUGUGCUUAAUGCAACAUACAGAAAAUCUGAGGCUUUUUUCUUUGGGUAGAACCAUCAGAAGUUGGUGAAUCCUGGUUUUGAAGAACUUAAAUUCCAAGUUGGUGAGUGGCAGGCCCAAAGUUCAGCAAAAUGCUGUAAAAUGUUUUACAGGUGAUGGGCAGAGGUUCACUGAAGUCUUGAGGAAGUGUUUCUCUGAGAUGGAUUGUGAAUUUAAGUUGACCAGAGAACAGCGCACUGCAGGGAGCCGGCUUAGAGAAGGCAAAAAAUUGCUUUUUAUUUGUAAGCAGGGAGCUUACACUUCAGCCUCUAGGCACAACCAUGGUUAGUUAAUGAUGAUUGGUUGCGUAACAGAAGCUAUCGUUGUAUGUGUCCAAAGCAGACAGCCUAAUGAGGGAUGGUUCUAAUUUUGCAUUACAUUUGACAUAGAAACUCAAAUGAAAAAGGUUUAAUGGCACAUUCUUCAGGAAUAUAAAUAUACUGCAGAAGUCUAACUAGUUAAAAUCUGAUCUCAUCUCGUAUCGUGUUGAAAGGGGGAGCCCUGCUAAUUUGCAAACAGGACACCCAGCGAUAUCAGGAUAGAGAACUAUCAAAACCUAAGUAUGGGGUAAAAAUUAUGUUUGUCUCUAGAAGACCCAUUACGGCUGCUGUAAGAAAAUAUUUCUAGGGCAAGCUAAUUACCCAGUGUUAGACUGCAUAGAUGGAAAAAUUCUUACUGGGUGUUCCUGCAAGUAAGUAUGAAUCACAGCCAUGCUUGGUCCAAGUUAAAAUGUCCGUCAUUUAAUACCAUGAACAAUGCCCAUCUUCAUCUGUACAAGGUGUGGGUUCUUUCCAUGUUGCUUGUUUAGGUGUUUUUUAAGCAAGAAACAUGUCUGUUGAGGUAACUGAAUGUUCUAUACCCAUGAACAAUCAGAACUGUAUUCUUUAAAUUUUUCUUAAUCUAUAAUACUAUCAAACGUUUCCCAACUUUGACAGUAGCAAGAUAUCCAAGGAGCCAGAAGCCUGUAAUAUUUCAGAGUAAACUUCACAGAUAAAGUUACAUGCUGUACUUACUACCUGUGAAAGAGAUCCACUGAACAAAAUUUAGGCAAAAUCUGUGACAAAGUAACCACCUCAUUUGAAUUAGUAUUUCUGCCUUUCAUCUUACUUGAGUAUCUGUCUACUAAGCUACAGAAUGAACUGUUCUUUUCAUACUUUGCAAGCAUGUAGAUAAGCAGUUGUAGAAAUUUUUUGAGCAAUAUGAUAUAGUUCUAGUUUCCUGCCUUGGAUCUGAGUUAAUCUAUAGAUGACUAUUUCAAAGGUCACAGUCUUCCUGCAGAGAAAUAAUCUAGUUGUUUAUACAUCCUGAAGCCCUUUACAAUUGUAUUAUUUUCUAAUUACCAAAUGGAGUAAAACUAAAGUGAAUACUCAAAAAAGCCCCAACAACCUGCUAGCUGUAACUCUUGAAUUUUUGUAUGGUCAAGAAUCUGGAGAUAGCCAUCCUGCUUAAAAUUAAAAUACUGCUGUUGUGAUGGAAGAAGAUAUAAAAGAGCAUUAGGUAAACUUUAAAAUGUACUUCAAUGUUUUUAUCUUACAAAUAAUUAUGUAUUCCUAAAGUGAUGAAAUGUUCAAGGAAAAAUAGCUGUAAAUAGUGCUAGAACUUAUUUGUAUAUUUAGUGUGUUACCUUAUAAAAAGAAUAUUACCAGCACCUUAGUUUAAUCUUUGGUGCAUUUAUUUAUUUGCCCAGCCUAUGGAAGAAGUGAAUCUGAAUUUAGAAGCCUUGUUACCCACUGUAAAAAUGCUUUCACUAACUUGAUGGCCUGCCAUUUAAAAACAAACAAACAAAAAUUCACAAAGAGUGUUUCCUAAACAAGACAACCAGGAAUGCCAAAGCUAAGUGUUGCAGCACCCCUUUCCUAAUGUACUGUGCCUUACCUUUUCAGAAGGGCAGGAGGUGAGUAGGGAGUGUCGCUCUGAGCUUUGCUGUUCCUGUAUCUCUGAAGUUGCCUUAUGUUUUUCUUUAGACUUCAGCUCUUAAUUUAAGAUGUUCAUUACCCUUAUCUAUUUGAAGUCAGACUGCAAAUACGUAGUUGAUACUAUUUAAUUUGAUUUUUUU